ACGGAAGAAGAAGAAGGGACCCAUGAGUCAGAUAUGGCGGAAAAAACAAUAAUAGUUCUACAUUUUUGUCUUUAUGUUGAUUGAUUUAGAUCAAACCUCCUUUGGAUUUGCAGAUAACGAGUUUCGGAUCACAUAGUUCAAUUGGUCUCAUAUUUGUAUGAUCUCGAAUGGCGGUUGCGGCCUUCAAAUCCUCCUCAAGAAGAGGGAACCUAACGACUACAACACACUCUGCCGGGAGAGAAAGCUCCGACAAAGAGAAUCCACCGAAGAAAGCCCCAAUACGAAGAUCGAGGAGCGUCAGUGCUUUUCCGAGGAGGACCAACGCCGAGAUUCCCUCCGCCUCCGACGAUUUCUUGAAUAAGAGAGAUAACCCUCUCUUCUGGAGCGGUGGUUCUGUCUCGCCGCUUGAAUCCCCAACUACGAAUACUAAUGCGAAUGCGGAUACAGGUGCUGUGAGCAAUGGCGGUGUGGAUAACAGGAGGGGGCGCUCCGUUGCGAGGACUGCAGGUGUUGGGAGUAACAAAGGUCCGGGAAGUGGGAAGGAGACCGCUCGGAGUCUGUCGAGGGUCUAUACGGGCCGCCGCGACCGGUCGGUGUCGAGGCAGCAUUUUGCGACUUCUGAGAGUGAAGCUGAGCACGACCGUGGUUUAUCAGAGGAUUUCAAGAUCCGGAGUGACUGGAAUGUAGUCUCUAGUAAUGCGACAAAAGGCGGCUUAGUAAGAAGUGGUUCUGAUAUUUGGUCUGGUCAGAGUGAAGCUGAGCCUUCGGACGGGUUCGCUACAACUUUGUCCUGUUGGCAAACUCCUACAAAUGAACAUGUGUCGGUGGUGAGUUCUUUAUCUGAAGCUGAAGAUAAAAUCAUUAAGCCAGUUUGUGAACAGAUGAAGUCAGUCCAAGGGGAUAAUGUGAAGUGUGAUUCUUCUGGUGGUGGCAUAUAUGAAACUGUUCGUGCUGAAGUGAGGCGUGCUAUCUCUGAAAUCCAAAAUGACCUUGAAAUUGCUAUCCGAAGGAAUAAUGCUACUGAUAUUGCAGCUACCAAUGUAGCUGAUAUCCCUCCUGACUUGGUAAACCCAGGUGCAGUUGAAUUGGUUCUGAAUUACAGAAGAGAAUAUGCCAAAAAGCUUGAGCAGUCCCUGGAACGGGCUAGAAAACUUCAAGCAGACUUGGCUGUUGAGGAGCACCGUGGACAUGAGCUGAGUAGAAUUCUGAAGGAAAUACUGCCUGAUCCUAAGACCCCUAGUGUGCAGAAGUCUCGUCCAGGAAGAAAAUCUAGCAUUGAAAGAAGAAAGAUGUCCAAACGUCUAGAAGAAGAAGCCAUGGCUUAUUUCGAUGAGUGCAUCUCACUGUCAACAUUUGACAGUUCUGACUUCUCAUCACCAGAGGACCCACCUCUUGAUCUUGCUACCCCGGUAGGUAACGGCGUAUCUCUACCCCAGGCAAGUUCAAGCGCUUCAACCACCAAUUUCACAGAGAUUUCUUUCAUCAAUACUAAACAGGAUUCAUACAUGCAAGGGCAGAUGAUGAAUGGCCAUGAUGUACCAGGACUAACAGCCAGCACCGGCAGUAAGGAGCCCAACUUUGAUCUAGCUAGUCCAAACAGUGCCAUUGCAGAAAGGAGUUGGAAAUUUCAGUUCUCCGUUGCUGGAAAGACAGCAGAAACUGUUGAGCUUCAACAGGACAUCCGAAAGUACAUCAGAAAUUUUAAGAAACAUGACUUUGACUCGGAGAUUGCAAGAUCAAACCGUUACGAUGCAGAUGAAUACAAUCUGCAGGCCUCAAAACAAAGCUUGUUGUGUGAUAAGGUCAAGUUAAAAAACAGAAUCGAGUCUGGUGGUUUGCUUUUGUGCGGGGGUGGUAUCACAAUUUCAUGUUGUUCUCCUUUCGCUUCUGUCACCUGAAUGCUGUGGUUAUGGGAAGUUGGGGUGUCGGCUUGAUCUACUUUUGUACAGCCUGGCCGGACAAUGUAUCUUACUUGAAACUUCUUUCAUGUUUAAUACAAGGAUUUCGAACCCA